AUGACAGAAGUACAAUCCAAACGACAACGCCUAAGCAAUGAAGAAUCCUCACAAGACAAUGGCGAAAACGACAGUGAUGAAAUUGCCUUUAUCAUCAAAUGCAAAGGCGAUGCCACUUAUAAGGUUUCAAAUCAGACGCGGGAACAACUGGAAGAAGCCUGCGAUUACUUUCGAACCAUCUUUCGUCACGGCAUGCUUGAAUCUUCAACGCAUGUUAUCAACAAACCAGAUUGGAGUCACGAAGUCUUGGUGAAUCUCUUUGAGCUCGUCCUGAAAGGGACUGUCAGUGUCACGAAUUUAUUAGAUUUGGUGGCGGUCACAUCCGCUGCGGAUCAGAUUCUACUACCGUAUGACAUGUAUUCUCCCUUUGAACAAGGUCGGGUUCUACCUCAGCGAACCAAGACAGCCUUUCUGGAGCUAGCGGAUCCUGAGAAUGCUGUCUUUACCUUUCAAGGACCAUGCAGAAUUCUGAAUGACUGGAAGAAUUGGCUGAAUCUCGGAGUCUUUCAUUCGGUGGACUGGAAAAUGUUCGUCGUCACUCGACAAAAUAAUCCCAACGACCUUCGACACAAUCAAAUGGGACGAAACUCCUAUUUUGUUCAUAGUCUGAACUGUAAUCAGUGGAAGGUGCAUGCCUAUUGUGCUGUUACGGGUCUUCAGCACAUGUGUCGAGCAGUGAAGAAAGUUACCAUUGAGCCAGAUGAAGAGGAAUUCUACAAGCUCGGAAUUCUCCAUCCUUGUGAUUCCAUAUCGGAUCAGCUUGCAGUCACCAUUGCCCAAGCCACCGGCGGCCGCAGGUUUACGUCAACCUUUUGGGAGAAUGUUUCGACUCUAUGUGGUCCCUUUCACACUUUGUACGAAGGAUUUUGUUCCAUUCGCAAAUACUUGAAGCAAAACAUGGUCAUUUUGAGGAUCAAGACGAGCUCUCCUUCCGUUGUAGAUUCUAUCAUUCAAGCUUGUUGCUUGCACUGCGAAGAUCAUCAGGGUUCCCUCGGUAUUGACAUUACGGGGUCCAUUGUAUUGGUCAAGACCAUUUUUGACAUGUCGAAUAUACUUGCAUUCUUGGCCAAGACAGCAGCUCCAGAAGGACAACCAAAAGAUGGAGACACGGGCCUGCGUAGUGAUGGGAAGGAAAGCGGCGACGGUCCGGGAAAGGGGAAGCGGCAAAUAAGCCGAGAACUCUUUCAGGUCAAACACGUUGAAGGGGAUUGCUUUGUCAUGGAUCCAAAGUUGCUAGAAAGCUUCUAA